AUGGAUGAACAGGCAAAUGAAUCUAAAACAGAGGGCCCUUUACCUUCUUUUAAAGCAAUGAUGGAGUCUGACGAAGGUGGUGCAAAAGAUGUUGCCAUGGGAGAGAGUCAUGAACAUUUAAGACUUGUUGAAAGAGUUUUGAAUGUUUUAGAUGGAUCGGAUCCAAUGAUGGUAGCAACGAAAAAAUUUGAUUUCUGUUUACUUACAGUAAUAGAUAUUUUUUAUGAAAAUGUUGAGUUUCGACAAUGUCUAAAUCAAUAUAUAAAUUCCUUGAGUGAAACUUGUAAAACGCUUUUAGAUUCAAUUAAAGAAAUUAGAAAAAUUGCAGAAGUAAAAUUAACAGCAUCAAAUAUAACGGAAACAUUACGUGACAAGCAGUUACAUGAAAUGUUUCAUGAAAGUGUUAAAACUAGAAAAGAUGCAGGACUUUUAAUGUCUCAACUCAUGGAAAAAGAAGCGAAUUUAAAUUGGAAAUUACUUACUAAAGAUGGUCUUAUAAAAAAAUAUAAGGAAGAUUUAUCGUUUAAAAAAUGGGAAAAUAGUAUAAAAAUUAAAAAAGAAAUGGUGCACUCUAAUCAAAAAAUGGAAGAAAUUUGGACUGAAAGUGAGCAACGUCGAGUUCAACUUGAAGAAGAACUAAAAGAAGCAAAAUUAACUUAUUCUAAGAUUUUGACAGAGAAUUUACGAAAAGACAAAAGUCUCAGACAAAGGCGAAAUCGUUUGUUACUGCAGUUGCAAGCAUUUAUAAAAAAAUUUGAUCACGAAAAUUUUGAAAAGAUAAAGGAAAUUGAGAGACUUGAUGAAGAAAGACAAGAGAUGCAAAAAAAAUUUGAUGAUUUUAUGGAAAUAUUUAAUCAACUAAAUAGUGAAUAUAUUGUUCUUAAGCAACAGAAGGAUACUGAGGCAAAGAAGUCCUUUGAACACAAAUUAAUGAUGUUUAUUUUAAAUCGAGCUGCAAAAGUUAUUCAACGUGCUUGGCGAGUGGUUAUUAAAGCAAGACGAAAAAAGGGUAAAAAAGGAAAAAAGAAAAAAUAA